UCCCGUUAUGCAGACGUGACGUCACUUCAACAUUGUGUAGUGAACAUCAAAGCUGUAGGUUGUUGGAUUUAUAUUUCUGUCUUUUUCGUCGCGAGAACUUUGAAGUCAUGGGGCCGAUCGGAGGUCCAGUCGUGUAUUUAACGGUGUUAGUGUGUAUUAGUUCCAGCUAUGCUUAUUUGGAGGCCCUGGCAGCCAAUGUGGACCCAAGUCUCAGUAAGUUUGAGCCAAUGGUUGCGUUCAUUUGUAACAAGCCUGCCAUGCACCGAGCGGUCAAUGGCUGGGAGGUAGACUACAGCUUCAACUGCACGGACGACCCCCAGAAAAUACUCGAGUACUGCAAAAAGGUGUACCCAUAUCAUGAUGUUAAGAAUGUGAUAGAGACGGGGUUCAAAGUGGAGAUCCCCAACUGGCCCAAGUUUGACGGCCCUGACCCAGACACAACAGGUGACCACAAGGUGACACCCUUCAAGUGUCUAGUUGAAGACUUUGAGAGUGAUGCCCUCCUGGUCCCCCAGCACUGCGUGUUUGACCACAAGCACGACUCUGCCGUGUGCGAGCGACCGGCCGUGUGGAAGAAGACUGCGACUGAUGCCUGCAAGUCUCGAGACAUGGACCUGGAGAGCACGGGCAUGCUGGUCCUGUGUGGGGCAGACGCCUUCCGCGGGGUGGAAUAUGUCUGCUGUCCUAAAGAUGACAGCCUGGCUGACUCCAAGGAGGAGACGGACUCCAAGGAGAGCAAGGAGAGUCAGGAGAAGGAUGUUAAGGAAGAGGCUGAUGACUACAUGGCCUAUCUCCAUGGCGAUGACCUCACCAAGUACGACAAUGAACAUGAGAAGUUCAAGGCCGCCCAGAAGGUCAUGCAGCAGCAUCAGCACGAGAAGGUCACCAAGAUGAUGAAGGAAUGGCAGGAGGCGAGGGACAACCUGGCUGAGAUGAUGAAGACAGAUAAGAAGGGGGCGGAGUCCCUCAACAAGGAGAUCACUGAGCGUUUCCAGCGGCUGUACCAGGCGUUUGAGCAGGAGGCUGACUCUGAGAAGAAGCAGCUGAUCUCUCUCCACCAGCAGCGUGUGCAGGCCAUGUUCAACAAGAAGAAGCGCCUGCUGAUGACCCAGUACAAGGAGGAACUCGAAUCCAAGACACCUUCAGCAUCAAAGGUCCUGGGCUACCUAAAGCAGUACAUCCGUACAGAGGAGAAGGACAGACUGCACACGGUCAACCGGUAUGAGCACCUACGGGACACUGAUCCCACGGAGGCCUCGCGCAUUCGGGACUCCCUUGUCAGACACUUGCACCUGAUCGAUGAGAGGAUUGCCGAUGCUGUCAACAUGCUGAAACGUGAUCCUGAACUGGAGAAGAAGAUACGCCCUGUCAUUGAGCAGUUCCGUCAUGACAAGUUCCGCUCCCUGGACCUGACCAUUGAUGAUGUGGUUGUCAUGACGACACAGGCACCACAGGAGCCAGUCAAGGAGAUCGUUAUACAGUACAAGGAGGACAGCGCAAAGGUGAGCAAUGCCAGUCACGACUACACCAACAUCCGCAUCGACUCCGAAGGCAUGACAGCCCAUGAGCCCAAGGUGGAGGCGGUUGUGGCCCAUGCCCAGGUGGACACAGCCUACGUCCAGCAGCAGAAUAAGCCUGCAUUCCAUUCGGGUUCAAACUCUGGCAGUGCAAGCAUGGUUGGAAUCGUCAUCGGUAGCAUUGCUGUCUUGAUCAUCGUUGUUGUCGCCGUAGUGAUGCUGAAGAAACGUAACGGCCGCCAGCCAAUCACCCAUGGGUUCGUUGAAGUUGACCCCGCCGCUUCGCCCGAGGAACGCCACGUUGCGAACAUGCAGAUGAACGGAUAUGAAAACCCAACUUACAGAUAUUUUGAGGUUGCUUCAGGAAACUAGAAGCUUGAGAGAUGGGGACAUUAUUGUGGUUUUAUUGGGUUACAGUUUUUGCGAUAACAUUUUUAUAUUGUCUAAUUUAAAAUGUAAAAUAUGCUUGACUUUGAAAGAUUUCGGUCACAAUGACACUCUAGCCUGUGCAGAGCAAAUAUUAUUUCGUAUUAUGGCUUAAUAUCAUUCUGGUGUUGAGAUGUGUACUACUUAUUAUGCAUUUUGACGUGCAUUUAUCAUUAGCAUAUAUUGAUAUAAAAAAAUUCUGCAUUGCAAAUACAAGUUCCAAUUUGCGGGUGUUCCAUUGGUGAAUUUAAAUGGCGUAUAUUACUGUAUAGUGACAAGUCAUUCCAUAGCCAUAGUGAUCAAUAGGUGUCACAUAAAUUUCACACAAAAAACAUUUAAUCACACACAAAAAAACACUUUUAUUAUAGUUUCCAAUGUGAUAAGCUCUGUUAAUCCUGCAAACAAUUAUUGUACUAAGAUUGUGGUUUGUUCAACCUUGUUUGUAGAGUUUUAGUUUCGUCCCGUGUAAUGUUGUACACCGUUGAAGUGCAUGUGUUGGCAGUAUAGCGUUUUCUUGGAAUACUCGGAAUUAUUUAAUGAUUUUUGUCCACGGUUUAAUUACCCAUAUCAGGAUUGCCCAGUGGCAUAAGAUCUGAUAAAGACUGAAUGUUUUAAUGAAAAUUACACAGCCUCAGAAAUAUUGUCCAGUGCACUGUGAGUGUAAUGUUAUUUUCGCUUAGGCCAGUUAUUUGUGUGCUUCUGCUAUAGACACUAUGUAAGAAUCCCAAUUCAGCUUUUUAUCUUGCGAUUUUUAUGUCAAUUUUUCUGAUGCAAAUAAUAUAUGUGUGUGCCAUUUAGCUUACCCAAAGUUGGUUUUUAGUACACAAAAAAUAUAAACAAAACAAUAAUGUUGAAGGUGAUGAAAUCAUUUGACUGUUGAUAAAAAAUAAAGGUCCAAUUUUCCAUAUCUGUGUGUCUGUGUUUAAUAAAUGUAUGUUUUCGGUGGACGUUUUUUGUCACAUCUGUUUUGUAUGAUUUUUCUUCCAUUUGUAAUAACAUUUCAUGAACUGUGUUGAGUUGUACUCUCUAUGAUAUGUAUGAAUGCUAAGUGAUAUUUGUGUGUAUAUAUAUAAUAUGUAUAAUAUGUAUCAUUUAUAUUAGCAGGUAUUCAAUAAGUAAAUUUUUUAUUUUUUUUCAGUAUUUCCACAUAUGAAGUGUUGCUGUUUUUUUACAUAAGAGCUAUUUUUACAUUUCGAUGAUUGUAUUCUUAAAUUAUUUUAUAUCUAACUAAAGCAUUAAGAAUUUUAACAAAACAUUGUAAUUCAUUUUGCGAUAUUAUUUAAGACCAGUUUUAUGAAAAAAGGUGUGGUGGCAAUUCAAAAAAGGUCAUUGGAAAUUUUGUAUCAGUCUACGUCCUGCAAUAUAUAUCUUAUGAUUAGGCAAUUAAGCUUGAUGUUUGCAAUCUUAUUACAAAUGUAAAAUAAAAUUUCUGUGGAAAGUAAGGAUUGGCUGAUUUACUUGAAUCUGUCAAUGUUGUAUGACCUAUAUCUAUGAAGAACAAAAUUGAUCCUCGCUCUGGGAAAACGGUGCUUAAUGCAUAUGCGUUAAUGUUGUCCAGAUUAGCCCACGCAGUACGAACAGCCUAAUCAGGGACAACAUUUUUCACUUUUUGGAAAAAUUCUAAAGGAAGUUGUUUUUAAACAAAUAUCCAGUUUAGGUGGAAGGUGUCAUCCCUGUGCGACACUGGGACCGCAUACAUUAAGCCCAGUUUUCCGAAACGCGGCUUAAUUUUAUGACUAAUGUUCCACCAUAAAGCACCAGUAACCAGUGUAUGUCCCACUUUGUAAUUAGAUUGACAAACAUAAAGGUCAUAUGCUUUUUUUUUUUUAUUAAAAUUUGAAGUGUAUUAGGAACAUGUUAAUCUGUCACAAAGUUGAUGAUAAAUAGAUUUAACUCCAUGAACAAAUUGAAAGCUCCCUAUAUUCUGCAAAAUGGGUUAAAUAAUUUCAAAGAAAAACAUCACAUCAAUAAAAAGAAAUAACUGAUUCCACUGUUUAAAUAUAGAAUUUUAAGUGUAGACCAAAUGUUUUCUUCAUGCUUUGCUUUUCAAAGAUUUUGUACUUGAAUACGUAGAUUUGUGACAGGUAGACUCAUUUUUUCCAAUUGAGCCUCUCUUUGGAAAAACUAGGCUUAAAGCAUGUGUGUAAAGUGUCGUCCCAGAUUAGGGACGACACUUUCCACCUAAAUUGUUUUUUUUUUAUCUACAGACUUCUUUCACACAAAAAAUGCUAUAAACGUUAAAGUGUCACCCCUGAUUAGCCUGUGCAGUUUGCACUGCACAGGCUAAUCUAUGACGACAUUUUACCAACAUGCGUUAAGUCCUUUUUUCCAGAGUGAGGCUCAAGUUUGUGUUGUGAUCAUCCUAUGUGUUGUUUCCAGGGGCUAUGUUUGGCUGUGAUCAUCCUAUGUGUUGUUUCCAGGGGCUAUGUUUGGCUGCACCUUUUUGUCAUAUCGUACCAUCAUCAUGCCUGUACUCUGUAGAUCUAAUAAACCUGUACACUUCACAAA